UGCCAUUUUUCAGAUGACGAUAGUUAUCAAAGUUGCCAGACUGAAAUCCGGAAAGGGUCUAUUACCAUCGCAUCAAGAAAGGCUUAGUGUUUCUCAAUGCGAGGGUCAUCAGCCAUCGCAUCGCUGUUGCCACUGCCAAAGAAGGUUGCGGUGUCAACGAAGGGUUUGGAAAACUCAUCACCCUACUUUUGUUCACAGAUGCGUCAACAAUCCUGUUCCUGGCACGGCAUCAUCUCCUGUGCCACAUCAAGGCCCUGUGCCACAUCGAGGUCCUGUGCCACAUCAAGGACCUGCGUCACAUCAAGACCCUGUGGCACAUCAAGAUCAUGUGUCACAUCAAGACACUAUGCUACAACAAGACCAGCCUGCCAUUGAACAAGAACCGUCAGUGCCAGUAUCGUCGCAAACUGAGAAGGACCUCUCAAGCGGCGACCAUCUCUCCUGCAGCGACAGCAGCAGGGUGUUCGCAAGACUCGCCAGCCUGCUCCUUCUUACAGGUAAACAGGCUGCACUGUUGGAGGAUACUAGCCACCUGUUAAAGGGAACUGAAGACAUCCUCUUCAGAUGCUGGUUUUGCACCCACAUCACCACAGAUCUACGUGGAAUCUUAAGUCAUGUGGUUGCCCAUGGAGAUGAACAGUUCAAGGGCCAGUGUUGUUUUUCGCUGCUUGGAUCUCUGUCCAUAUUGUGCAGCCCUUUUGUGAUCCACAAACCUAAUACAUCAUUUGACCAUCUCAGCCAUCUGAACUUGUCCCCCAGUAAGCAGCUCUGUUUGACUCCUGUUUGUGUACGUACAGAACCGAGACCCUACAAGUGCCAGCAGUGCACCAAAGCCUUUAAGAAAGGCAGCAAUCGGAAUAAGCGCAUUCAGACAUACUCAGACGAAAUGCCUUUCAAAUGUGAGCAAUGUCCCAAGAGCUCUUCUCACUCUUGCAAUCUGUCCAUUCACAUGCUAGAACACAGUAGUCAAGAACCCUGCAGGUGCGAGUUGUUGCUCAAAACCUUCACUGAGCUUGUACAUAUUUUAAUUUACUUGACUGAAACACCCUACAAGUGCAAGCUGCAUCCCCAAAACUUUAGAAUGCAUGAAUUCUUUACUAUUCAUGUUAGAAUGCACAGAGGUGAUAAACCGUACCAGUGCAAGCAUUGUCUCAAAGCAUUUUCAUUCAAUAACAAUUUUACUAUUCAUGCUCAAAUGCAAAAAUAUGAGAGACCUCACAAGUGUGAGCUAUGCCUUGAAAGCUUUUUUAAUCCUGAGGUACUAACCAGGCAUGUUUGCAAACACACAGGUCAAAAACCUUGCCAGUGCAAGCAUUUUUCUAAAGCCUUUGCUGCCAGUUAUAGUCUGAAGGACCAGAUUCAAACACAGGUGAAAAACCUUACAGGUGUGAGCAUUGUUCUAAAGCCUUUGCUAGAGCUGCUCCGAAAAGCCACAUUCAAACACACCAAUGAAAAACCUUAUGGGUGCAAGUAUUGUCCCAAAUCCUUCCCAAGAAUUUCUAGUCUGAAGAACCACAUCCAUACACACCAAGGGAAAAUCCAAAGAUGAGUAUUGACUCUAACCUUUGCUUGGAAAAGCACUUUGAUUGUGCACAAUCAAAUGUGCAUGGAUAUAAUGCCGUACAGGUGCGAGCAGUGCCCCAAAUGUUCACCUGGCUUGAACUCUUUACCAAUUGCAAUCAAAUUCACAAGGACAAUCAUUACUUUGUGAUUCCGGCGAAAAAAGAAUUGCUGUCCCUCUUCUUCCCCUCCCCCCCCCC